ACCACGUGAUCAGAUUUCGCGCCAAAAAGCCAAGUGACCAUAUAUGGCGAUGGCCUAAUUUGGGGAAAACAAAAACAACAUGGCGGGCGAGAAGAUUGUGCGUGAUGUUUGUGGCAUUUAUUCUCGACUUUUUGACCACAGGGCAGUCUUACAGAAUGAAUGUAAAUACGUAAUGCGUGAGUUUGAAGGUAAAAGAAACGACAGGGAGGUACAAAGGCUGGCAGAAACUUCUAAAAAAGUGAAUGAAAUACAAGAUAGCAUCCCAGAGUGUGUUCAACUGGCUGAGUUUCUCAAUGAAGUCCAAGACCAAUUGAAAGAUGCCAGACAACGGUGCCAUAAUAUUUUGGAAAAAGAAGAACAAGAUUCUAACAAAAUGAGAAGGGAGGAAAUUAAAGAGCAGACUAAGAAACAGUGGGAUGAAUUCUUGAAGGGAAUGGAUAAAGAGGAAGAAGCGAUUGAGAAAGACUUCAUGACAAAAUCAAUCAAACUGAAAGAAAAAUACGGUUUGGUGCCUGCGAGUGAGUCAAGCUGAACAGUGACCCUGAGAGUUUUCAAGGGAACUAUUAAUUAAAUGAAUUAGAAUGAGAAAUUAAUUGCUGAAACUGUAGCAAACAUAGUGUAUUUUAACAAAUUGAAUUUUUGAA